GCAUGUAUAUAUGCCAAGCAAUAUCAGAGGAUUGAAGGGUUCCUGCCUUUUAAUCCCUUGCACCUUCGACUACUAUUACAAUCCACCUCGCAGACCAGAUCGUGUGGCUUGGUACCAGUAUGCAAGCUACUCCUAUCCUUUAGUUUGUAAAGAUUGGGACAUGAGGGAUGAAAUUGAUGAAUUUAAAGGUAAAACAUGGACACCUAAUUCUGGAUCUGGGAGAAAUUGCGACCUUUUAAUCAAGCCAGUGACGCAGCAUCACCACAGACAGAAGAUUUACCCCUGGGUAGAUCCAGACUAUACUGGGAAAUACACCCAUGCAUUCUGGGAUAAAACUGUAACAAUUGAAGUAGUUGACAGGGCAGAGGCACCUCGUAUUACGAUCUAUGGAGACAGGAAGGUUGGACAGUCUGUGACAGUGCAAUGCACCGCUUCCCACACCUGUUCGAUAUAUCCACCGGAUCUGAGUCUCAACAUCCCACUGCGAAGCCACAGUCUAACUCAUAGCUCGGGGUCUGGUGGCACAACUGAAACCACCUUGACGACCACAUUAAACAUAGAGAGAGACCACCAAACUGUGCAGUGCUCCGUCCGACACAUGGGCGGUCACACUGUAACAGCCACUCAAACCUUAAAUGCAGAAUGCUCCUUUUCAGCGUUGACUAUCAGCCGUACAUCAAAUGAAUUCCUUGAGGGACAGGCAAGCAAAGUAACCAGCACUGCCUCAUACACAUGCUCCAAACAUAUACCAACCCUGACAUGGAACUAUGGUAGCAUGCCAGCUUCCACUGAUACCAGCAACAGUGGAAGCACUAGUUGGAGGACUGUCUCCACACUGACAUUCACAGCAUCAGCUAACGACCAUGGGAUGUCACAUAACCAGGACAGACUUUACCCAUGGAUGGACAAGCACCCUAUCACCUCCUACCAAAGCCUGGGUCCCACAUUUUAUGAAAAAACUUCUCAACUUAUUGUUUCAGACCAAGCACAGGAACCACAGGUGAGCAUCAUAGGUAUCCCCAGGGUGGGAGAGGAGAGCACAGUGUCCUGCAAUGUGCGCCAUACAUGUAUCUCUGCUCCCCCCACCCUGACCAUAAGUGGUAUACCUGGAGAAGAUCUCAUUACGGACACUUUGGUAACUGAUGGGAUUUGGGAAAGGACAGUAGAGAGAACCUGGGCUGUAAAAGAAGAGGACCAGAGUGUGAAGUGUACUGUUAGCUACAGUGGGGGUCAGAGAGAAACAAGUGAGAUUAAGCUGAAUGUUGAAUGUCCAUAUAACAGCAUCACAAUGACUGAGCGGCCUGGCAACGCAACAGAGGGUGUGGCAAAGAGUGUCAUUUGUUCUGUUUCCUACAAAUGUAAGAAAAAUAAACCAACCAUUGUGUGGAACUACGAAGACAUCCAGAGUUCGUUAAAAACCAAAGAGAACUCCAGCAAUACCUUUAUCACAGUGUCAAAUCUAACCUUUAUUGGCUCUCUUGAGGAUGACGGUAAAUCUUUGACCUGCACUGCUCAGUUUGUUACUGGCGAGACCUCUGACUCUGAAACCCUUCAUAUAAAAAAAUAUGUGAGAGAUCCAUAUGAAAAUGACACGUUCAAUGAUCAGGCUGCUGACGUCCCUUUCAGAUUCAGCGCCCUGACCGGUUCCUGUGUGGUGAUUCCCUGCAGCAUUCCGUACAAGGAAGAUGAGCCUUUCACACGUGGCGUCUGGUCCAAAAGAAAUAAUGAUAUCAUCUACCAUAAUGGCCCAACCUUUGUGGUUGACCAUUUCAAGGGCCGCACCAGAAUGUUAGGAGAGCUGAAUGAGGGAAACUGCUCAUUAGAGAUUGAUGACAUCAAACCUUUUGACAAUGGGCCCUUCUGUUUCCAUGCAGAGAGAGAUAACAAGGACAGAUACAGAUUCAACAAUAGCUGCGUAUUUAUUGUUAUGAAAGCGUCCCCAGAAAAACCAGUGAUGACCUCAGUUCCAGCAGAAGUCGAUGCUGGCUCAAUGAUUACUGUCUCGUGUUCUGUGACGCACACAUGUCCGUCACAUCCUCCAGUGUUCUCAUGGAGUGUCUCUCCCCUCACCAGUGAGGUCACGCACACCUGGACGCCCCAGGGCAUCUGGGAGACGACAUCCAACAUCACGUUCACGGCUGCUGGAGGAGACGGGGUCAAAAACCUAACCUGUACUGCCAUCUCCUGGCUCGGCAAGCAACGAGCCAGCACAGUCCAGAUGACUGUGAAGGGUUAGAGCCACACAAUUCAACUGUUCUGUUCAUGUCUGGUUAUGCAGUUAUAUCAUACAUUGAAUAAAUGAGCUUCAAAUGUUCCAACAUCGCCAGGAUGAAGUUCUUCUAGUCCUGUUUGUAAUCACAAUUGCAGUGUUUAGAGUAGUUGCAUUCAAAUUUGCUUCAUUUAAAGAAGAAUAAGACAUACUUUCUUAAUCCCUGAUGAAAAAUGAUAUUCUUUUACUUUGUUAUUAUACACAUUACACACAGGCCCCGAAAUGCACACACAUGCAAACACAGCCUAUACACAUGCAUAAAGCAUUAAAUGGAAAGUUGCCCAGUUGGGGGUGUGGUGCCUUGCUCGAGGGCACCUCUGCAGUGCCCAGUAGGUGAACUGGCACCUAUCCAACUACCAGUCCACACUCCAUACUUGGUGUACAGGGAUUAAAAUCAACAACCCUCCAGUUCCCAAGCCAUGUUCCCACAGCCACUGCUGCCCCUAAAGAAUGUAUCUCAGCUGUCGAUUAUCUGAAUGAACCUGUUAAAUAAACACAAUAAAUAUGCUUUUCUCUCA